CAGCGCGCAGGGCUCCGUCAUGGACGCGCGCGCGCGCCGGCACGUGCCCGCCCUCCUCACCGCCAAGGUGCUGCUGAUAGUGCCUGAGGUGGCGUGGAACAUCCUGGGCACGCUUUGGGCCUUCAGCGACACGGUCCAGUGCAGCAACGAGGAGGGCUUCACCAAAGCGGUCAUCGAAGCGAUGGUGCUGUUCAACUGGGUGCAGCUGGCGCUGACGCUGCUGGGGCUGGCGCUGGUGUUCGACCCGCUGGGCUCGUCGCGGCUGAUGGCCAAUCAAUUUUGGGACUCAAAUUUAUUUAUUAAAGGAAACGAGAGUUCUUCUUCGUCAGAGCCCAAUUUGGAGUCGGCUUACCUUGAAGGAACGCUUGCUUCACUUGGUUCAGAAUCAUAG